AAAAGCGAGAGGCAAUUGUGAAGACACUGGCCAGCAAGUGGACUGGAGACUUCAGAAAGAGAUAAAGAGAGCAGAGAGAGGCAGCAAGAGAUUUUCCUGGGACCCAGAAAUUCACGGUAUCCCAAUGAAAAUCAAAUUCCCUGGAAAUUCAGAUACAGCAAGAGAAAGAGAGAUAAAUAUACUCAACGCCAGGAACUCUUCUUUCCUCUCUCUUCCUCAGUCUCUCUUAGUCCUUUAGUCCCCAAAUUCCUGGUUCCCUGUGCCCCUUCCUGGGGAUACCAUGUUGUUCUUCGCCCUCCUGCUAGAGGUGAUUUGGAUCCUGGCUGCAGACGGGGGUCACCAUUGGACAUAUGAAGGCCCACAUGGUCAGGACCAUUGGCCAGCCUCUUACCCUGAGUGUGGAAGCAAUGCCCAGUCCCCCAUCGAUAUCCAGACAGACAGUGUGACAUUUGACCCCGAGUUGCCUGCUCUGCAGCCCCACGGAUACGAUCAGCCUGGAACUGAGCCUUUGGACUUGCACAACAAUGGCCACACAGUGCAACUCUCUCUGCCCCCAACCCUGUAUCUGGGCGGACUGCCCCGAAAAUAUGCAGCUGCCCAGCUCCACCUGCACUGGGGUCAGAAAGGAUCCCCAGGGGGGUCAGAGCACCAGAUCAACAGUGAAGCCACGGUUGCAGAGCUCCACAUGGUGCAUUAUGACUCGGAUUCCUAUGGCAGCUUGAGUGAGGCUGCCCAGAGGCCUCAGGGGCUAGCUGUACUAGGCAUCCUAAUUGAGGUGGGUGAGACUGAGAAUCCAGCUUAUGAACACAUUCUGAGUCAUUUGCAUGAAAUAAGACAUAAAGAUCAGAAGACUUCAGUGCCUCCCUUCAAUGUGGGAGAGCUGCUCCCCCCACAGCUGGAGCAGUUCUUUCGUUACAAUGGCUCACUCACAACUCCUCCCUGCUACCAAAGUGUGCUCUGGACAGUCUUCAAUCGAAGGGCCCAGAUUUCAAUGGGACAGCUGGAAAAGCUUCAGGAGACAUUGUUCUCCACAGAAGAGGAGCCCUCUGAGCCCCUCAUACAGAACUAUAGAGCUCCCCAGCCUCUCAAUCAGCGGACUGUCUUUGCUUCAUUCACCCAAGUGGGAUCCUUGUACACCACAGGUGAAAUGCUGAGUUUAGGUGUGGGAAUCUUGAUUGGCUGUCUCUGCCUUCUGCUGGCCGUUUAUUUCAUCGUUAGAAAGAUUCGAAAGAAGAGGCUGGGAAACCGGAAGAGUGUGGUCUUCACUUCAGCACAAGCCACCACGGAAGCAUAAGUUCCGAGACAUCACGGAUGCCUUCCCUUUGUGCCUGUCGGGGAGCCUCUAAAGUGGGGUGCAGGGGCUGGACAGAAAAUACUACUAGGAGUUGUAGGCAGACACCCCUCCUUUUCUGGACAUCUCUCACGCAGAGGUAAGGACGAGAUUCUCAUUCAAGGAAGAACAGCAGAGCCUUUAGCCUUUGGCCUCUCAAACAUGUAGGAGGACACCAGGAGAUCCCCGUGUAUUAACACAGCGGGCAAACCAUGUUCAGUUG